GUGAAUAGAAGUCAGCUAGGGUAAGAAGUCCUGCAAGCGAACAAACAUCCGGGUUCGACGUUUACCAGGAGUGAGUGCGGUAUAGAGCGUGUUCGGCGCUGUUCGCAGUAGGCAAUUGAGCGAGCGACAGCGUGCUAGUGCAACCGAGGUUGAAAGAGGGAGUGACCGUCCUGCAGAAGAUACGUAGCGUUUGCGUUGCAAAAGUCUGCGAACAGCCGAGAACGGUCACUCUCGAGACAAUAUUAUGCGUGCCGUUCGUGACAGCGGAUCGUGUUCCUGCCACGUUCCGAGCCGCCCAGCGUUUCGCCAGCUUUUCGCCACGGGGAACGACAACUGCAACGAGCCGGCGUCGAGGUCAAAAGUCAAACGUUCCGUCCAAACGAGCAGACGAACGACGGCAGCAUGCGGUCACUAUCAGCGAUUAGCAACCUCAACGUCAACUUGUGCCUGCGGCAACGUGGGCCCACGCCACCGGCCACUUUGCGGAGCCGACUAUACCGUGCGGGAACACAUGCCUUUGCUCGACCACGGAUACCCCAACAAAGACCGCAUGUGCAGCUACCGAGGAAAAGGACGCUGCAGACGGCUCCUGGCUUCGUAUCACCGGCAGUUCCUACCCCGAGCUUAGAGUCCGAACAAGGCAUUCCAACCCUGCCCCCUUCCUGGAUUGACAAUCUUCCACCGCGUCUUCAGCCGUACUUCCAUCUUGUCCGUUUAGACAAGCCCGCAGGAACGUACCUACUCUACCUGCCAUGUAGUUGGUCAAUAGGGAUGGCGGCUUAUGCUGCUCACGGGGCUAUUCCGGCCUCAACUGUGGCGGGAUAUCUGGCGUUGUUUGGGGCUGGUGCGCUAGUCAUGCGAGGGGCUGGGUGCACAAUCAACGACAUGUGGGAUAGGGACCUCGACAAGAAGGUUUGGCGGACAAGAGCGCGGCCAUUAGCAGCGGGGACAAUCACACCUGUCAAUGCACUCGUGUUUCUAGGAGGUCAACUGAGUGUUGGGCUUGCAGUAUUGACGCAGCUCAAUUGGUAUAGUAUUCUACUAGGAACUGCAUCCUUGAUCCCAGUGAUAACAUAUCCGUUGAUGAAGCGUAUAACAUACUGGCCGCAAGCGGUCUUGGGAUUGGCCUUCAACUACGGAACACUGCUCGGCUGGUCCGCGGUGCUAGGUGUAUGCAAUUGGUCCGUGUGCUUGCCUUUAUAUGUAGCAGGUAUCAGCUGGACGCUUGUCUACGACACGAUCUAUGCGCUACAGGACAAAGCCGAUGACGUAAAAGCAGGCAUCAAAUCCACAGCUCUGCGCUUUGGUGACAAACUGAAGCCUUGGUUAUCCUUCUUUGCAGUUUCUGCUGUUGGGAACCUGACGCUGGCGGGUUUUAUGAACUCGCAAGGAUUACCAUUCUAUAUCGUAUCUGUGGGCGGCGCUGCGGCCCAUUUUUCAUGGCAGCUGAGCACAUUGAAGCCCAAUGACCAUGCGGAUGCAUGGAGGAAGUUCAAAAGUAACGCUGCGUUGGGCACCAUUGUUUUCGCUGGGAUAGCAGGGGACAUCGCAUACGAUCAUUAUUCAAAUGCGGAUAUCCAGGACACGGACGGCCUUACGACAGAGGUUGUAAAAUCCCGAGAUGAACAGGAAAAACGGCGUAAAUGAAGACUCUCCCUCCUUUCUUCUGUACAUAGAUCCACUUCAUAGAUAGAUACCGGCGCACGCCGACCUGCGACGUGCUGGCGGCUUUGCCAUAAUGACCUUCAUGGGAAUUAAAAACAACGUCAC